UGUCCCACUACAAGCAGCUCAAGAAGGGCGCUAAUGGAGGGGUUUCAGCUCCGAAGCCACUCAGCAGGAGUAUUGCUGAGUUCAUAGUCAUGGCCGCGGACACCGACCCUCUUGAGAAGUACUUUUUUCCACAUGUUUUUCCAUUCCCUUUGAAGUAGGUACGCAGAGGAUGAAGAUGCAAAACCAACUUUUGUUUUCUUGACAACGAACAGCCCAACGUUUUGGUAAGCCGGAUCCGUAGGUUUCAGUUUCUCCACCACCCACCACCGUUUUUCUUUUGCCUGAGGCUAUUUUUUUUUAUUUUUUUUUAACCCGUGUCAAUGUGAAAAUGUCACAACCGCACCAAGCUCUCGUCCUCGUACAGAAAAUGGUGAAAAGCCCGCCAUUGAAAGCUCUCUCACUCUUCUACUCGUCAAAUCUCCAAGGCCUCAAACACAACCACCAAUCCUUAUCCUUCAUUAUACACCACCUCCUCUCUUGCAAGAUGCUAGAUCACGCUCAGUCUCUCAUUCUACAAGUGCUCUCUGGUCGAAUCUCUUCCCCUACCUUCACUCCUUCAUCUCUUCUCCAGUAUUUGACGCAAACCCAUUUGAAUGCAGAUUCAACCCAUGUUCAUCUCUAUGAAGCAAUCAUCAAUGCUCAUGUCCUAUCUCAGUUACCUGAGCAAGCCCUCUUCUACUUCAAUCUGAUGAUUGAAAAGGGCCUGGUGCCUGUGCCAAACACCUUCAAUAAGCUUUUGGCUUCUCUUAUCAAAUCAAAUUCUUUUGAGAAAGCUUGGGUUGUUUUCAAUGAAACAAAGGGUAAGGUUGAAAUGGAUAUUUAUAGUUUUGGAAUUAUGAUUAAGGGUUGUUGUGAGGCUGGUAAAUUGAAUAAAGGGUUUGAGCUUCUAAUUCAGUUGGAGGAGAUGGGUUGGUCUCCAAAUGUUGUUAUAUACACUACUUUGAUUGAUGGGUGUUGUAAGAAUGACGAUAUUGAGCGGGCCAAGAAGUUGUUUAGUGAAAUGGGAGAGCUUGGUUUGGCCGCUAAUCAAUACACUUACACAGUGUUGAUCAAUGGGUUUUUCAAGAAAGGCCUAAAGAAGGAUGGUUUUGAGCUCUAUGAAAAAAUGAAGCACAAUGGGGUUAUUCCUAAUAUAUAUACUUAUACCUGUAUGAUUAAUGAGUAUUGUGAUGAUGGGAGAACAAGUAACGCUUUUGAACUGUUUGAUGAAAUGCGUGAAAGAGGCGUGGUUUGUAAUGUUGUUACAUUCAAUACUUUGAUUGGUGGGUUGUGUCAGAAGAUGAGGGUUUGGGAGGCUGAGAAGUUGGUGGAUCAAAUGAAGAGGGUUGGUAUAAGUCCAAAUUUAAUUACUUAUAACACAUUGAUAGAUGGGUUUUGUAAUGUUGGAAAGAUGGACAAGGCUUCAGAUUUAUUUGAUCAGUUGAAGUCAAUUGGUCAAUCUCCAAAUCUAGUGACAUAUAAUAUUCUAAUUGCGGGUUUUUGUAAAGCUAGAGAUUCAGUGCAAGUUGAUCAUUUAGUAAGGGAGAUGAAGGAGAGAGGAAUUACUCCUUCCAAGGUUACAUAUACAAUUAUAAUUGAUGCCUUUGUUCGAUCAGAUGACAUGGAGAGGGCAUUUCAGAUAUAUUCUUCCAUGGAGAAGGUUGGUUUGGUUCCUGAUGUUUAUACGUAUAGUGUCUUAAUAAAUGGUUUAUGCAUGAAAGGUAAUAUGAAGGAAGCCUCAAAGCUGUGCAAGUCAAUGAGUGAGAUGCAUUUAGAGCCAAAUGAUGUGAUACAUAAUACAAUGAUUCUUGGGUACUGCAAAGAGGGUAGCUCCUACAGGGCGUUGAGGUUGCUUAGAGAAAUGGAUCAGAGUGGAAUGGUUCCAAAUGUGGCUUCCUACAGUUCAACCAUAGGAGUUCUUUGCAAGGGUGGGAAGUGGACUGAGGCUGAAAUUGUACUUAAAGCGAUGGUUGAUUCUGGUUUAAAACCAUCAAUAUCUCUCUACAAUAUGAUUUAUAAAGCCAAAAAUGAUACAUGAUUCAAGUUUUCAGUCACUACUCUCAUUCAGACGUGGGAUAUUGAAGGGAACAUUAAAUGUAAAUACAAAGAUAUGAAGAGGCUGUUUUGUAGCUUGAAUUAUUACCCUAAAGCUACAGUUGCAAAUAGUUGAAAUUGCCAUAAUUCUUGGUAUCAUGGUAGAAUUAUCCUGAGCGAUUAUGGACUAGUGCAGUGAUCUGACCCACCUGGUAGAUAACAUCAGGAUUGGAAUUGAGAGCUUCCCUAGAGCUUUCAUAGUGAGCUCGGCAAAACAGAUUGUUAGCCAAAUUUUAUCUAGCUCCUUCAAAAAACCCCUACAAUGAGCUCGUCUGCACCAAUAAAUGGCAUUUAACCUCUGCUGCAGAGCAUUCUCGUCCUGGUCAUCAAGGAAUCAGUCAGUCAAUUUCCAACAAAGUAAAGGUUGGUGGUUUUUGGGUUUGAUCAAUUUUGAGUUUCUGCAAGUGGGUUUUUGGUAUUAGAGGUCCUGGUCCUGAAAUCUCUGGAUGAGUUUCAUGUAAGACUGAGGUUUCGUUAUGGUGAUUUGUGUUGAAGUAUACUCUGAGAGAAUGAAAAGAGGGGAAAAUGAGGUCCCAUGUUCCUGAGGCUUCAUGUUAAUGAUACAGACAAAGGAAGGCCAAGAGCACCUGCAAGGAAUAAGAUGGCUCUUUAUGAACAGCUAAGUAUUCUCUGUCAGAGGUACAAUCCUGGGGUCCUGCCUCUUAACCGAGCAAAUAACACUAGCAGUUUGGUUCUCCCAGCAUCCUCUAGCCAGGAAAUUGUUAGAAUUUAGAACUUGUAUCUUUGCUUUCUUGUUCAUGGCUUCUGGUGGUGUGUUACUUAUCUACGUAGUGAGUUACUAGACUGGAGAUUGUGAAAUCAUGUUUAUUGCUAAUAUUCUAUAAGUUUGGUUUUAAUUUUGAUGAUUUAGUUGCAAAUCAUAAUGAAGAAUGAUAGAGGGACAUGAAAUCAUAUUUUGUUGGAUUUUGUUGGUUCUAGAGUCAUAGUUGAUAGGACAGCUUGGCGUUUUGGUUUUUCCUGUACUUGAAAGGUUGGUCAAAGGGGAUUGUUUCCUCUGUAUAACUAUUUAUUUUUUGCUUCUCUACUCAAAUGGAGGAUUUCCAGGGACAUGAAAAUAGGAAUUGUUUGUUCCAUAGUUUAUGCCAAUUGCAUCAUUCUACAAUUGAGCAGUAUAUAUAUUUGUGGUUGGAUGUUAAGGUUAAGUUCUUCCUCUUGCAUGUUUGAUUACCCUGCAUAUUUGCAUGUCUGUAGGGAGCCACAUAUGCUCAUAUACCAUCUCUAGCUACUACACUAACAACUUAGUUCUCAUAUUUCUGAUUAUUAGGAGCAAACUAUUUUUGCAGAGGAAUGGCUUUGAAAGAAAUUUUCAUUGCUGGAAAGCAAGAAAAGUGAUUACAAUGUACAGAAUGAUGAUAUGUCCUUGUAUUACUAAUGGCGAUGGCAUCCUCAUGCUGUCUCACUUUAAUGAUCAGAAACAGCCACAACAAAGAAGAAGUUAAAGGUUGUUUCAGGGUGGUUGGCAUAUAAAGAAUUGUGUUUGCUAUCAUACAAUGUGCUGAAACCAGGUCUGGUAUUGUCUUAAUGAUGCUUUGCCCUGUGUUACAUCUUUGUUUUGUAAAUUCUUGAAGGAUAGUCUGACAUAUAUCAAAAGUUGUGGGAGUUUAAUCAGUCAGCAGAGUGACAAAAUUUACAAUGCUUAAUUUCCUCCUUUCAUUUCAGUAAUUCUAAUAACAUGGUAUCCCAUUUGUUUUGGAAAAGUAGGUAGAAGAACUUUUACGCAGGAAGCUCACUAAGGAGGCUGCUGAGGAAGAACUUCAGGAGUUUGUACAAUAAUUGAAAUCUGCUAAGACAAUGCCUUCUGAAGCUAAACCUCCCAAAUCUUCUUGGAUGGUUGAAGAGAAAAUUCGACACAAAAUUGAAUCUCUUGAAUCUUAUGCCAAUGAUAUUCGUAACACGUCUAACUUGACCGAGUUUGUUAUAGUUUUGCAUGUGAAUUUAUAUUUCUUCUGUCCAAAAUUGAUGGCUGGUCAAGAUGAUCCAAUGAUUGGUGUUUCUGAAAUGCUAAUCAUCAUUCAUGUGAUC